CCUAGUGGAAGGAGAGAAGACCAGUUCCGCCUACUGGUGUGGCUCUCUCGCCCCUUAAGUGGUGGACAAGAGCAGAAAAUUCAAUUUGUCUAGACUAUAAAUAUUUGAGAAAGCGAGAGAUAGAAAGACAGCAUGCAAGCCAGGAUGAAUUGUCAAAUGUCUCCAUAAUCUCAGAUUUUUGUCGGAAUGGAAUAGUCUAGGCUUUUAGUGCUCACCAUUUAAUCAGAUUUUCCACUAUCUGUCUUAGAUUUGUACACUCAAAGAAAGAUGUCAAACGGAAUCGGCAGAAAAUGCACGGUUUUCACGACUGGUGGAGCGUCGUUCACCUGUCUAGUGCUGAUGUUUGUUCUCGCAGCUAUUAACAAAUACCGGGGGGGUGUCGUGGAGGACGUUUCCACCAGGAGAGAAGUCGGCAAACGCUCGCUGCAGAGUUUUAAUGAAGUGGAUAACAACAAAACCGUUAACCAAGUUCCAACUGAAGAACGGCUCGCGGAGAACUCGCAGCCCGGCCAGGGGAAGGUUUUCUCGGCUUACUUCAGUGAGUUAAGCCGGGGUAAGCGUUCUGUGGAGCAGAGAGGGGUGAGGGCUACGGAGCCCUCCCCACUGGAAGACCUCAGCCCGACGGAUCUGUUUGUAGCGGUCAAGACGACCAAGAAAUACCACCACAUUAGACUUGAGCUACUGCUGGACACAUGGAUAUCCAGAAACAUGCAACAGACAUACAUCUUUACUGAUGAAGCAGAUGACUGGCUGACCAACAGGAUGGGGAGACAUGUGAUCAGCACCAACUGUUCUGCGGCACAUAGCCGCCAGGCUCUUUCUUGUAAGAUGGCCGUCGAAUAUGACACCUUCAUCAGCUCCGGCAAGAAGUGGUUCUGCCAUGUGGAUGAUGAUAACUAUGUUAAUGUACGCCCCCUGGUGAAGCUUCUGUCUCACUACAACCACUCCCAUGAUGUCUACAUUGGCCGGCCAAGCCUUGACCGACCAAUAGAGGCCACCGAAAGGCUUGGCAACGCCCACACGCGCCUGGUGCGGUUCUGGUUUGCCACAGGAGGUGCUGGUUUCUGUGUCAGCAGAGGUCUCGCACUCCGGAUGAUCCCCUGGGCCAGUGGAGGUCGUUUCACGGCGACAGCUGAUCGCAUCCGUCUCCCAGAUGACUGUACCGUUGGAUACAUCAUCGAGGCGUUGCUAGGGGCAAAGCUUAUUCGAUCACCUCUGUUCCACUCCCACUUGGAGAACUUGCAGCUGGUGUCACAAGCACAGAUACCACACCAGGUGACUCUGAGUUAUGGAAUGUUUGAGAGUAAGAGAAACAUCAUCAACAUUAGAGGAGCCUUAUCCUUGGCUGAAGACCCUACAAGGUUCAGAUCUGUCCAUUGUGUCCUGUAUCCAGAGACCCCAUGGUGCCCAGCCCUCUGACCAGACACGAGGCACGGACGGACGGAUGGAAAGUCAAGUGACGAGGGGAGACGGGGUUUGUCACCCAGGGUUUUGUCAAGCACUUAUGCCGUAUUUGGGAUUUGGAGGCUAGUCAGGAGUUUUGGGGGUUGCUAUGGCCUCAUGGGACGCCACAGGAUCUUUACCGUCACCGGAUCCAUAUAACCUUUAACUUCUGACCUCUGACCUCCGUGCACUAAUCACUAAGAGGCCUGCGUUGGGGAAAAGGGCAGGAGAGAUGUUGUGAAUGGAGUGGCUGAACGUAACUUGGCUCUGUGUGGGACUGUGUAACCCUGAGACAGGUCAGUGUUUAACUGUGGCCUGUGGUCCAGAAUGUGUUCAUCAUUAGCGAAGCUCAAGCCUCAUCUACCAGAAGAUGCACCUCUUAUUUGCCAUCAUGUGGCUGAAAGUGGACGACCAAUCUGUUGUCACAACAACACAGUACAGCAUCGCUUUCACAACUAAUCAGUACAAAUAUCUGUUAAUUAUAUGGCUCUGUUUUGCUUCUGUAUGGAGCGACAUUUCAUGGGGAUUUUUCUGAGGCGCUCUCGUACACCGCCAUUGAGGUUAAAGGCUCUAAAAUGCCGUUCCGGAACCCGGACGAAUUCUACCAGUCAAUGUAACGUUUUGUUGCCCGGACAACAGUGGAGUUGAUAACAGAAUGAUUUGGCACCGGGCUCUAAACCUGUUGUACUUUAAUAUUUUAACAUCAUUAUUUUAACCUAGGUUGCUAAAGAGAAUGGUUCUACAUCCUCCUUGGUGUUUUUUCUUCGUAUCUGAGAUGAAGAAAUGUAAUUUCUGAUUAUUUUCUUUUACAAAAAAUGUCAAAGCAAUGUCAAUCAGGCCUUUAGUGUUUGUUGUGUAAUGUCAAUCAGGCCUUUAGUGUUGUUUAAUAUCAGUGCGUAAAGGUUCAGUAUUCUUUUUUGGUUUACCACCGGACGGUUCCACGCGCUGGUGUGAACAUUCGCUAAGCACUCAGAGUCCCCAGUGAUCAGAGCUUGUAUUUAUGAGGCUCUUGAGGGACAACCUUUAACCCACAUUGGGUUCUUCAGAGGUUCCACUUUGGAAAUGUUCUCACCACGGUGACAAAAGAAUCAGCAGUCGUUUGUGAAAUGUCACACAGUCCAUGUUUUGGAGUGCUUGUCAACCUUCGUUUGUUCAGGAGCGUUUUUGAUUGUAGAGUGUUGUUUUUUAUGAUGAUGUUACAGAAUUUAUUCUCCAGUAUCUGGACUGUAGAAAAAUACACUGCUCCAAAAAAUGAAGGGAACACUUAAAUCACACAUUGGGGCUCGAUGAACAAAUUAUAUUAA